UAAUAAUUUUUCAAGGUUCUAAAAUUUGUAAUAUAGAGUUAAAAAUUUUAUUAAGUUUACCUUUUCCCUAAUAGUCAUACCAAAUAGGCACAUUUAUAAUCAAAGAAAAGAUUUAUUUUAUCUUUUUGCAAUUUUUUGCUUGGAAAAUGUUUUUGAUUGCUAUAACUGGCGGAAUUGCUACCGGAAAAAGCACAGUAGCAAAAGUGUUUAAAGAUAACAAAGUUCCAGUUAUUGAUGCAGAUUUGAUUGCUCGCCAAAUUGUUGAACCUGGAAAACCAGCAUGGCAUCAAAUAAAGAAGGUUUUUGGGGAUGAAGUGAUUCAAGAAAAUGGAGAAAUAAAUCGCGAAAUUUUGGGAAAAUUAAUCUUUAAUGAUAAAGAAUUGAGAAGAAAAUUAAAUGAAAUUACCCAUCCUACAAUACAUCGAACUAUUUUUCUCCAAGUUUUUCAUGAAUUUGUUCGAGGAACUAAUUAUGUCGUAAUGGAUCUACCAUUACUUUUUGAGACUGGGAUAUUAUUAGAUUUUAUUCAUAAAAUUAUUUGUGUAACAUGUGACGAAGAGACUCAAAUCAAGCGUGUUAUGCAACGAAAUAACUUAUCAAAAGAGGAUGCUAAAAAGCGUAUAUCAUCACAAAUGUCUUUGGAUCAAAAAUGUGAAAAAUCAAAUUUUGUUAUUGAUAAUUCAGGAUUAAUUUCUACAACUGAAUUGGAGACCAAAAAUAUUUUAAAUAUUUUGAAUUUAAGUAAACAUCAUUGGCGUAUACGCUUCUACUUUAUUUUGGGGAUUGGUGCAAUAGUUUUUGUAAUACUUUGGUUAAAUUCUUUAUUUAAAUUUGUGCCAAUUUCUUAUAGUUAAUUUUGUAGUAUAUAAGCAUAGUUGUAGAUGUAUUAACAUUUUAAUUUUUAAAGCAAUUUUUUUUUAAUUCUGGGAUUUACUAGAAUGUUUUGAAUAUUAUUACGUAUUAUUCAAAACCUGUGAAUGUUUUUAUUGAAUAACUUCAAAUCAAAAUCAGAAAACAAAAAAUCACAAAACAUACAAAGAUUUAAUUUACCUGAGAAAUAUUAUUUAUGCCUAUUUAACUUUUCAGUUAUUAAUUUAUAAACAUUGGUUGUUCAAAUAUAUAAAAA